AUGGGCCGCAACAGCAAUCGACCAUGGCGAGCAGGCAAGCCAACCGGAUCGCAGGACUGGCAGCUCUGGCGUGGUUCUUGGGGGUCGCCGAGUCAGCGGCCGCAACAAGAUGCAGGCAAAGCCAGGUUCCCGCGUUACGACGCGGCUGUUCCGGCGAACGCAGCCUCUGGGAAUGUUGCACCUGCUCAGCCGGCUGCGGCCAAGGGGCCGUUGCAGACUUUUCAGACUGCAUUGAAUGUGGCGAGGAAGGCCGAGCAGAAAGUUAUCAAGAUCCAGGCCGCGCAGGACACCCUGAAGCAGCAAUGGGUAACAUUCGAGAAGAACCUCCAGAAGACGUUCUUAGAAGAGAAGGCCAGGCACGUGAACGACCUCGCCCGGCUCGCGUCGGAUCUUGGCGACGCCAUGGGAUGCCAGGAGCAAGCUCGGGCCGCUCUGGUCCAACUUGUUGCUACCGGACAGACUCCUGGCAUGCAAGAGGAAGCGGCCAUGGAUCAAACAUGGGCGCAGCUAACUGCUACCUGGGAGCAGGAGGCGCAAGCUGGUAUGAGUGGCGUGCUCCAAAGGGCUAUGCAAGCUGCCCCGGCCAUGAUCACGGCUACUACCGUGGGAGCCACGCCCAGCCCGAGGGCUAUGGAGGAUCCGUAUGCCGCACUUGGAGGCGCAACCGAGUCUCCGUCCAAUCUGGCCCAUGUGAUGCAGCGGCAUGCGAUGCCUUCGGAGGUUUCCCCUGCUGCGCGGCCACCCGGCCUGCACCCUGGACAAAGGGACAACUCUCGACCACGUGUCCCAACAGCAGAUGCUCCUCCGCGGAGCAGCAUAAAGGACGCGACAAAGCAAGCGCCCGCGCCGGACGCUACAGGGAUCCCCUUAGCGGCAAAGCUGGAUGCAGCGCGAGCAGCCGAGAUGCAGCGCCUGAGGUCUGCAGCGGAGCCCUUCGGUGGCCGGAGGCUGCAGAUGCAGCACGAGGGGCCGCCCAUGUCUGGCACAUCCGGUGCGCUUGGGUCACAGGACCGUGCGGCAGGUAUCGUGGACGACGACCCAGACGGCGAGGAAGACGGCUUCGAUGUUCCCCACGUCUUCGGACUGGAUGCUUGA